UUUAAUUAAUUUAAUUUUCAGUUUGCCAGCUUUGAUCUCUUUUUUAAUUUUGGUGGCGUGCAGCAAUACGGCAAGGAAGAAAUAAUAUCAGGAAAUGGAGUCGAUAUUUUGCUGCUUGUGCAACGCGCAGCCGUUCGACUGUCUGCUCUCCCUGCAGCACCACCUGAUGUUCCAGCACACGCAGAACGAUCUGUGCCUGGCCCUGAUCGUGCUGGCCAACAAAUUCUUGUACGCACCCGUUCCGCUGCGCACCCCGCAGUUUGACGACUUCUUCAGCAGACACCCCUACCUGUUGGGUCUGUCGGCGCCGACGCCGACGCUGGACCCGUUUUACAGCAUCUUCGGCCCAGGCUGCCAAUCGCCUGUGAUGCCGAACGAGAGCAAUAAUAGUCCUCCCGCCUGUGGCAACCAGCGGAGGACCACAAUCUCACUGCCGCUCCCAGACAGCCCCAGCACCUCAGGUGUCCAGAACCAGAGCAACGAACGCAUGUUCGGUCGUCCAAGGCUCCCCUCAUCGCAACAAACAACGGAAAUCGACGUGGUCAAUUUCUCAUCCCAAGACUCCGCCGUCGCCGUGGACACUGGAUUGACAGAAACAUUCGACCCCUUUCAAGAACUAUACGUGAAAAAUCCUAAUAAUCCGCGCAAAUUCGAGUGCGACGAGUGCAGCAAGAGUUACAAACUCAAGUCGCACCUGACGAGACACAAGGCCACUGUGCACUCGGAGGAGAGCCCGCACGAGUGCGAGUUCUGCGACAAGAGAUUCAAAGUGAAGGAGCGGCUCAAUACGCACUUGCGCUCGCACAAGGUGCUCAAUCCGUUCAGCUGCAGGCUGUGUCCCAAGAAAUUCGCCAAAGCCACCUUCCUGAAACACCACAUUCGAACCAGCCACGAGAAAUUGCCACUCAAGUGCGGCUCCUGCUCCUACGUGUUCACCUCCGAAGCGAUGCUGCGGCUGCACGCGAGCAAGGCUCACCACCAGGACAAACCGGCGAAGCGCGAGAAACAGCGCAUUAUGCACGACAACGCGAAGGAAAACGACGCAGCUGCGGCACUCGUCUUCUGCGACAUGUGCAAUAAGGCCUUUGAGAGUAAAUACAGAUUGAUUAGUCACCUCAAGUGUCAUCGUGACGAGUGACUUCAAGUUUAAAUGUGCAACAUUAUGUCGAAGGAAAUACAUUUUUCUUUGUUUUAAGCUAAGCCAGAAUCUAGGUU